CCAAAUAUAACUGAUGAUGACCUGUUAUCAGAUUUGAUGUGCCAUAAAGAAAAGAAGCACUUUAGUUAACCAUUAACAUUGUGUGACUUUAACCCUGUGAAACAGCGGAAGAGAACCCCAGCCUAACAAAGAUCCCAUAGAAACGUGUGACGGUGAAACAGUGAUAAAAAUGAGUGACAUAGAUGAUGACAGUGAAAUAUCCUUCUCCGUUAAAUUUUUGGGACGUAUCGAGGUGGUCCGUCCAGGUGGGAUGCAGAUUCUCACAGACGCAGUAGAAGCCCUGCAGAACCCUAAUGCAGAGGUGGAUGUGAAAAUGAAGAAAACUAAAAAUAAAGUACAUCUUUUUCUGACCAGAAGUGCCAUUGACAUCCUGGAACACAAGACAAAGUUCAUGCUGUACACAUGCCCUCUGGCCUCUGUUUCAUUCUGUGCAGUUCAUCCGACCCAGCCCAAAAUCCUCGGCUUUGUAGCCAAACACCCCGCGGCAGACAUGUUCCACUGCUACAUCUUACAAAGCAAGAAGUUUUCUCAUCUGCUGGUGUCUGUUAUCGGUGACGCCUUCCAGGCUUGUAAACAGAAUGAAAGUCUAGGAGGGGAUCGUGACCUAGUGGUGGAGGCCCUGAGACACAAGAAUAAGAUACUGCAGCGCGAGAACACCGAGCUAAAGAGGAGACUGCGAGACAAUGGAGAAAAUGCUGAUGGAGUGCAGAAAAUUUAUGAAAAUGAUUCGGACACUGAAAAACUAUCUUCUCACUCAGGACAGUCCACAUCACAAGUGAGAUUCUUUUCAGAAGAUGACAAAGUUCCUUUAAAGAGGAAUUUCUGAGUAAAAAUGAAUGAAUUCAAGAGAAAUUACGUCAACAGCUGAAAUACCACCACCAAUUGCAGAUGAAAACAUCACAACACUCCCUAAAACACUUAAUAUAUUUUUUCGAAUGAAAAAAAAUUACAGUAAAAAAUAAUAAAAGUAACAAAAAAUUAAAAUUAAUAAAAGACUUCAUUUUAAACAUUAAAGCAUUGUACAAUAACCUGUAAUAAAUAAACAUUUGU